AUGCCCAGCCAUCCUUCCUACGGGUCCCAAAACUCACCCUUCCGACCGUCUCCAUCUUCCACUUCGGCUUCCCCUGCAUUUGGGGGAUCGUCCCCUCGUGAGGCGCUGUACUACCAAAGGAUGCAACACAGCGUAGAUCCGUCUGGAAGUCGACGGGACAGGCAGAACAGUACCCACAGCAACAGUCUCGCUUCUACAUCCUCGUCUCCGUCUCGCUCUGCCUCCAUCAGCGGUACCAAUGCUACUUUCGUUACCCCUCCUCAGACCGAAGCAGACCAGUCGACAGGAAGGGCAAAGGCGGUGGUACGUGCAGCGUGCCUCGCCUGUCGAACGGCAAAGCGUCGAUGUGAUGGCGGCCAGCCCGUCUGUGGCCCUUGCCAAGCUCGAGGUGUCUCUCAGGAAUCCGGUGGGUGUGCUUAUGUAGCAUCAAAGAGAGGUGGGCCGCGUUUCAAGGGCUGUACAGGAGAACAGGCCAGGAAGAUCAAGGCCGAGAAAGACAAAGGCAAAGGCCAGCAUCCUCCUCGCAAGUCAAAGGGAAACACAGAAGACCGCUCCACCUCUGCUGCAUCACGAGACAAGCAGUCUCCGUCAGACUCUAACCACAGUGUAGAUGCAGAAAGGGACAAUCUGCGAACGACGAAGCGGACUGAUGCUACACGCAGAGACAGCGAGCUCUUCCACACUCCUUCAUCCUCAACGGCAGCGAAGCAAGGCGUCACUUCGCCAGCAGCGCUCUCCAUGCAGUCCGGAGCUCAUAACAGGAGCUCUCCGAGCGUCACGCCUUAUGCUCACUACGGCCACCCAGACUACUCGCGGUCAGGUUUCCCUCAGUCCGCGGGCUCGAGCAUCAAGACUGGUACUAUCCAUGCCGAUGGUGACGUCCCCGAGGAGUCCCGUAGCGCCUUAUCCGCUGCAAAUUUGGCCAUUUGGCAGAGACACCAAGAUUCGCAGACCAUGGAUGACCUCGACAUCGACAUUGGGAACCUCAAUGCAUACGACGCAGAUGCAGGUAUGAUGCCUCAGGAUCUAUCCUUCGAUGACUUCUAUUCUCGUCUAGAGUCGCUACCGAAGGCGGGUCAGGUUGGAUCUGGCUCGACUGGGUAUGUCGAUCUGACAACCUGGGACACCUCCAACAACGACAUUCUCGAUGCAGCCGAUUCAGAGCAACAAGCUCGCUUCCUCUUGACGUACUUCUUCGAGAAGGUCUACUCGUCAGCUCCUGUUCUUCUCGGAGCGGAGAACAUGUCCUCUCUCGCCUUCUGGUUCUCGGGUAAAGGUCCCUGCGCCCUAUACGCUGCCAUUGCCGCUCUCGUCACCCUCCGUUUGCCGGAGCAUGAGGCUUAUCGUACUCUGCGAGGGGGCUAUGCCAGUCUCAACAACCCCAACGUUGGUAUGACACGAAACGAAGUGGCUGCACAACAUGCCAGAACCAGCGAGUUUCUCUUGAAGCGUUUCUCCGAGCAGCAGGCAGUCGCAGCGGCGGCCACUUUUGGGCUCGAUCCGAGCACAGUCCUUGGCGAUUGCAACGACGAUGUAUCUGGAAGAUCCCUUUGCCAAGGUCCAUCUGACCCAGAGCUGCUGCGAAUCGAAGCUGCUGCUGCUCAUACCUUGCUUGCUCACUAUCACUAUGGCGCAGGCGGUCAUACUGCUCAGAGCGUUGCUCACAGCCAUGCGCUAGAAGCUUGGACGUCACUGCAGGGAGUCAGAUUCGAUCUCAAGGAAGGUAUGGCUCCGAAGGACCCUCUGAGCACGAGUCACUUCAGCUGGGACCAGAAGCAAGAAUGGGCUAAGCGGGUAUAUUGGACCUCCUUUGCUGCGACGUCGGUCACGGCCUGUACGGGAGGGUUCGCUCCUGUCAAAGGUGUAUGCGAUCCUGUGACUGCGCUCAAGCUCAGACCAGCAUUAGAGGCCGAUGUUGGUGCGUGGGGAGUCUACAUUCGGGGUGCGCAACACGUGGCUCGAGGGUAUGCUGCCCUCCAUGCCUUUGAGACGCUCAAGCGCGGGAAAGAUGUGCCGGAGGAAGACAUAGCGAGAGACAAGGCGCUCAUCUUCUCUGAGUACUCAAAGUUGGAUCGAGACAUGACCGCCUUCACUACCUACGAUCCGGCUUGGAGGUCACCCUCGGAAGGCAGUGGCGCUUCGCGAUCGGGUGAUGAAGGUCUCGGGUUCGCGCUGAGGACGGCUGGCAAGCUCAUGACUGCUGGAGCCACCAUCAUCGUUCACCGUGGUCAGGCUUAUGCCAAUGCCAACAUCUUUCUCGAGCCGCAGUGUGGACUGCCACAGGCCAGUCGAAACAGCGCCGAGCAGCAGGACAGGUCGGCGAAAGAAGCAUUGUUUGGCAAGAGAAUUGCAGGCCAAAUGCCCAAUGGCAUGGAUCUAGACAACCGCUCAAGAUCGCCGAGCCCUUCAGAACAGUACGUUACCCCCGAUCGACUAUGGCAUCGCAGUGGGUCGGUCACUUUGCCUCCUGCCGGCUCAGGCUCGCGAGGUUCCGGCAGCGAGGGCUGUACCACUUGCAAACCUAGCAACUUUGAUCCGCAGGUCGCUGCCUUGGACGCAAAUUUCAUUCAUUACCCUCUCAACACGGGCAGCAACGGCAACUGGAUAGCGGGCGCGGGACAAGCUGCCCAACAUCAUCAUCAUCACCAUCAGCAGCAGCAGCAAGGCAAUCAUGGUCGUAUCCAUGGUAGUAAUGGAGCAACAGAUGCAGCCAUGGCCGCCUUCCAUCACUUCCAGACACAAGAGCAGGCUGGGCAUCGAGGCGAGAGUGCCUUAUCACACGUCGGCAAUGGCUCUGGGUACAUUCAUCGCUUUGCACCCCUGGCGCCGCCGACCAGUGCCUUUUUAAGCGAGCGCUACCUCUACGGACCUUUCGAACCUGAACACUCAAUCGACAAGUGUCGCUGGGCUGCUUCGGCCAUGCUAAGUUCCGUCGGUCCCUUGCUGCACGGCAGGAACAAAGCAGGCGAGGUCUCGCAGAACAUCCUAGGCAACUCCUCGUCGGAGGCUCCCUCUCUCCCACCAUGGGCUGCCUGCUCGUAUGUCUUGGCAGGGUACUGUCUCUUGAUGCAAUGCCUCAUCGUGCAAGCAUCGCGAGCCUGGCGUCACUCCAGCCAAACAUCAACAGCAGAAGCACUUAGCAAUGGAGGAGCAGGAGACGAGCUCGAUACAGAGCUCAAGGAGCUUCGCGGGCAAGUCCUGGCUAUUCACGAUCUUUUGGAACAAUUUGCUCUAACAUUUGAUAUCGCUCGCGAGUACAAGAAGGAGGUGGCGGUGCUCCUCGAGGUGAACACGAGGCUGAAGUAG